CUCCCCACUCAAAGUAAGCCGGCCAAAUUGCACCCUUUGAAGCCAAGGCUUGUCAUUCUGAAAUAAACACAAAUUCCUUCUGUAUAACAUGGUUGUUCAAGCUUGUCCAUCGAUUCUUUAAGAGCCAGGAAGAAUCUGUCUCACUAAGUUAUGCCAUGGAGGCCCUCAAUGCUGCAAGCUUGACCCCUAUUUCAGUUCUUUGUGAAAGAAGAACAGAGCCCAGGAAAAUCCAGUCUCUAUCCACAACUUCUUUAUCCAGACUCUCAACUUCUCGAGAGUCUUUAAAAAGGAGCGUUCAUGGUGGUUUAGUGCUAGUAUCUUCAGUUAUUGGUACUGGUUUAGCUAAAGCUUUAACAUAUGAAGGAGCACUGCAGCAGUCAACAAGUUCUUCCACAUCUGAUGGUGAUGUAAGUGGAAUUCUUGAUACUGUUAUUAGUUUUGGAACUGAGAAUCCUGCAAUUGUAGCUGGUGGCGUUACCAUUUUGGCAGUUCCAUUGAUUUUGUCUCUGGUUCUAAACAAGCCUAAACCAUGGGGUGUUGAAUCUGCCAAAAAUGCUUAUGCAAAGUUAGGUGAAGAUGGGAGUGCCCAGUUGCUGGAUAUAAGACCUCCAGUGGAUUUUAGGCAAGUGGGUAGUCCUGAUGUCCGAGGUUUGGGUAAGAAGCCUGUGUCAAUUGCUUACAAAGGUGAAGAUAAGCCAGGGUUCUUGAAGAAGCUGUCUUUGAAGUUCAAGGAACCAGAAAAUACUACAUUGUUUAUUCUAGACAAAUUUGAUGGGAACUCCGGACUGGUUGCAGAGUUAGUCACUGUAAAUGGAUUCAAAGCUGCAUAUGCCAUAAAGGAUGGAGCAGAAGGACCGCGAGGAUGGAUGAAUAGUGGUCUUCCUUGGAUGCCAGCAAGGAAAGCAUUGAGUCUUGAUCUCAGCAGUUUGACAGAGUCUAUUGAUGGUAUCUUUGGAGAGGCUUCUGAUGGUUUGCCUGUCACCCUCGGGAUUGCAGCAGCAACUGGAUUAGGUUUAUUAGCAUUUACAGAGGUAGAAACAAUACUUCAACUGUUAGGCUCAGCUGCUAUUGUUCAAUUUGUUGGCAAAAAACUCCUGUUUGCAGAAGAUCGGAAAGAAACACUAAAACAAGUCGAUGAAUUUCUGAACACCAAGGUUGCUCCUAAAGAGCUUGUCGAUGAGAUAAAGGAAAUUGGGAGAGCACUUCUACCAACACCAGUGAGUGGCAGCAAGGCUCUUCCUGCACCAGCUGAGGCAAACUCGGCACCUGCUUCUGUAGAAAGUAACGAACAGAAAGCAGAAGCAGCUGUUGAACCAGGUCCCCAAAUAAAUUCAGUACCGAAAACAGAGGUUAAAGCGGAAUCACUUCUCGGAGUUCCAAGACCACUUUCUCCAUAUCCAUCAGUAAUACCUACUUAUAUCCAGAUUUCAAGCCUCCAACAUCUCCUACCCCAUCACAGCCCUAGAGUGCAAACUGUAUACAGAGUCUCCAAGUAAUUUCUACAACAGGAAACUGUUUCAGACGGGAGUAUUAAAACUAUGGUGUGAGUUGUGCAGUCUUUUCUAUUGUCACACGAAAUAUUUAGGCUUACAUGAUGACUUGGAAGGAAGAAAUAUGAUAAUGUCAUGAAAUGGAUGAUUCAUAGUUUGCAGACA